AUAAAUCUGAAGACUAGGCUGUAUGAGCAUUGUUUCUUUUGCCUUCCCUGAAAAGGCAGAUCGUUAAAAAAUGUGAGGACUGAGGUUAUUUUCACGAUAUUUACCUGAGAUUUACGUAAUCGGUUUUAGUAUCAACUGGACUAGUUUAACUGAUUUCACCAUAAAAAUGUUGGGACGCCUGGGGAAAAAGCAACUUGAAAUUGCCACCGCUUUCUGUACAUCAGCUGCUGGAUUUGGAGGUGCUGCGUUUGUAUCUCUUCUGUACGUGACCGACUGGAAGGUGUUCGUCACAUAUAUCCCGUUCUAUUCAGGCAAAUUCCCCGAAAGUGAAAAUGAAAAGUGAAGCAGAGGAUAUACUCUUACUGAAUUUAAGUAGCAAGUAAAAUAUGUGUAAUUACAGAUGUGAUUAUAAGCCCUAAACGAGCAGC